AAUAAGGCUUUUUUUUUUUUCUGAUUGUUUUACCAGUCUUAUUUUGUGACGGACUAUGAUCCAACCAUUGAAGACUCAUACACAAAGCAGUGUGUGAUUGACGACCGAGCAGCCCGCCUGGACAUUUUGGAUACAGCUGGACAAGAGGAGUUUGGAGCCAUGAGAGAGCAGUACAUGAGGACAGGCGAGGGCUUCCUGUUGGUCUUUUCAGUCACCGACAGAGGCAGUUUUGAAGAAAUCUAUAAGUUUCAAAGACAGAUUCUCAGAGUCAAGGACCGUGAUGAGUUUCCCAUGAUUUUAAUUGGCAAUAAAGCCGACCUGGAUCAUCAGAGACAGGUAACACAGGAAGAAGGGCAGCAGUUAGCGAGGCAGCUCAAGGUCACGUACAUGGAGGCGUCGGCUAAGAUCAGGAUGAACGUAGAUCAAGCUUUCCAUGAACUUGUCCGGGUUAUAAGGAAAUUUCAAGAGCAAGAAUGCCCUCCGUCACCAGAACCAACCCGGAAGGAGAAAGACAAGAAAGGCUGCCAUUGUAUCAUUUCCUAAGAGUUCCAUGAGUUUUAGCUGACAACUGCCAGGGAAGCCCUCAUCUCUGUUAACGUUUACAUCAUGCUGGUACCUUUGUAGCCUUAGACUGAUGAUCACCGUGUUAGCCUUACACCAAGAAGCUGGCUAACCCUUUCUGCGAAGCUAAUGUAACGGUCUUCCCCAGACCACUGUAAAGGAAACACUAAGGCUGCUUCAGAUAUGAUCUGAUUCCUUUAAAACACACGACUACACACACAGAUGCAUUCUUUAAGGGCUUACAUUUUAAUAGGGAUGAACCAAGUUUGGAAGCUAAGCUGUUUGCUAAGCUGAAGUCAUAGGUUGUGAAGUCAUUUUUAACUUCUGGAAUCAUGUUGCCUACUGUUACUCUAAAUAGAAACAUAGGGAGGGUUGUUUUUUUUUUUUUUAAUGUGAAUUUUUGCCUAUCUUUAAAACUUUUGAUGUCAACUUUCAUUAACCUUAAAUACACUGAAUGGAAUCUACAAAAGUGAGACAUCUCAGACCUUUUCUGAUGCUACGGCUUUUGUUUUCCAGUGGCCAGAAUACCAAAAUGCCUGUUGUAUUUAUGGAUUAAAAACUGCUGAUCAAGCCUUUGUUAUUAUGCCUCCUUCAAGAUGACAAUAUUCUCUGUGGCCAAAUGUUUGGCCUUGUUCUACACUUAGGUGUUUCAAUGAACUUGAUUUCUUUUCCCAGCCAUGGUAAGGGUAAGAGUGAUGGUUCCUGUCUGUCUUCCUUUUUAAGUAUUCCUGGUUAUGGGAUUUCAAAAACAAAAACAAAAACAAAAACCCAAACAAAGUAAAACCGUUUUUGUUUGAUGUAAUAUAAAAUAUGGAAUUGAUCUUUCCAGAGUCAGAGAUGAUUAAUGUUUUUUGCUAUAUACUUUUAUACGUUAUUUUCUUAUCAAACUAGUUAACAAGUAUUUUUAUAUGUUUGUAAGCGAAUAUGCUUUCACAGCGUACCUUGUGUAUAUGUAAAGAUGAGUAUUUAAUUCUCACUGUUCACUGUUAACCGACAAAGAAAAAGUGGAAACCCUUGGUCCUUGUCACAUCCACCGGUGGCCAAUAAUCAGAAAAACUUCUCGACAGAACACAACAGGACGAGACUGUGAAGUCGCGUUCAAUGUCCCUGCUAGGUUAUUGACUUGUUAUAUCAAGUAUUCCGUGUACAACCUCUACUUGACAAUUAGUGUAACUGUGGAUGGCUUCUGAUUUUGUUUUUAACUCUGUGGAUUGUGUUUAAGCAAUUCAAAGUGUGUUCCUGGUUUUGCGACUCUCAGUGGUAUUGCACAGUGGUCACUUUAUUGAAUGUGUACAACAGUCCCAUGAAGUUUAUAAAGUGGACCCUUGUAUAGCUUCAGGUGCUAGAAUUAAAGUUGAUCUGUUAUCACCAGA